GUCGCCCGGGUCCGUGUGUGCAGGCAGCGCAGCCUGUCCGUUUGAAUGUGCCGAGGACUGGAGGGGAUCAUUUCCAUGGACCAUCUGUCUCACUGGCUGCGCACACAACAAAGAAGGACCCAGGAUGGUGUUAGUACAUGUUGGAUAUCUGGUUCUGCCCGUCUUCGGCUCAGUUAGAAACAGAGGAGCACACUUCACAAGGCAUCAACACAGCCAUGCUACCUCCUGCCGACACUUUCACCUGGGCGCUCCCCAGGCGCCCAUCUCAGCCGAGUUCCCUCUGGGACACGCCAGCCAGCCGCCUCAGACAGGCCUGGCCACCCACCUGCCCCCCGCACACCAUCCGCCCCUCACUGCCCUGCCUGCACCCCCUCAGUUCCAGGAUGUGCCGGGGCCUUCAUUCCUACCUCAGGCCUUACACCAGCAAUACCUCAUCCAGCAGCAGCUCCUUGAAGCGCAGCAUCGCAGGAUUCUCCCGCACUCCAGAAGAACCCAGGAGCGUAUUCCCCUGAACCCUCACCGACUGCGUUCCGGCUUUGAGUACUCCCCUCCCCUCCAUGUUCCCCAGCCAAUGACACAGCAGCCACGGUACCUGGCCGAAGGCACUGACUGGGAUCUCAGCGUAGAUGCCGGCCUCCCUCACCAUCAGUACCAACUCCAGCAGCUGCCGCAGCACUAUCAGCAUUACCUGGCCUCCCCUCGAAUGCACCACUUCCCCAGGAACACUUCCUCUGCACAAGUGGUUGUGCAUGAAAUCAGAAACUACCCGUACCCCCAGCUGCAUCUGUUGGCGCUGCAAAGUCUGAAUCCUUCGAGGCACGCCACUGCUGUGCGGGAAAGUUACGAGGAGCUGUUGCAGCUGGAGGACCGACUGGGGAGCGUCAGCAGAGGAGCUGUUCAGACGACUAUAGAGAGAUUCACUUUUCCACACAAAUACAAGAAGAGAAAGCCCCUGCAGCUGAAGAUUGGGGAGGAGGAGGAAACAGAUGUGGAUGAGAAAUGCACCAUCUGUUUGUCCAUGCUGGAGGACGGAGAGGACGUCAGGAGAUUGCCCUGCAUGCACCUCUUCCACCAGGGCUGCGUGGACCAAUGGCUGGCCACCAGCAGGAAGUGUCCAAUCUGUCGAGUUGACAUCGAAACACAGCUGAACCCCGACAGCUGAUGAGCUCCGACCCCCACCUCGUGAUUCGAUCACCCCUCGUGUGGUUCCUGCUUUUUCUUCCACCCCGGCUCGCCGGUCCUCCCCCCCUCCCCCCACCUCCGUUGGGUGCUUUGCCAAAUGUCUCCAGACUUCAUGUGACAUCACCACCCUUCUGACUCACGCUUUACUGAGCCAAGCCAGGAUAACUAACUGCACGAGAGGCCGCGAUGGACUCUCUUUAUAUAGAAGCACAUCCCUCUGGAAGCAAAAGACACGCAAAAACACACACAUACUCAUGUACACAGGGUUUACUUGUAGCUUGCUGGUCGUAAGUGGGGUGUUGUCGCUGUUGUGGUGUUGUACUGUAGGUAGCCCUGGGCUGUGUAGCAUGUCCUCAAAGCCAUGACUUAAUGUCCUGAGAGUGGAAAACGCAUAACCCCACACUGAGCUGGCUACUUUUCUCUCUCUCCUCUCUCUCUCUCUCUCUCUCUCUCUUUCUAUACAUAUAUAUAAAUACAUAUAUAUAUAUUUCUCUCUUUUCAGACACACGUCAAAAUGAAUAUUCUGCCACACAAGGAAGCUUAACAGAAACUAAACGCUCUGAUGCCAUGUUUACCUAAAGAUCAUUUGUGGUCGUAGUAGAGUAGCAGUAACCAACAAGUGAUAUCUGGUGCACCGUCGCCUUCUCGGGGCCAAGCGCCAGCUAGCUGAGUGUUUUACUUCUAUCAUGCAGCUUUGACAUUUUGCAAUACAGUUGUACAUUUACCUUGGGUUGGUGUCAUGUGAGAUGGUGUCAUGUGAGUAGGUCUCUUUCACUGCCGCGGAAACCGAACCCAGUGAUCGAGUUGUUUUGUGUUUAAAAAUUUGAAGAAAAAAAAAAACAAAGAACAAAAAAAAAAUGGUUAAAAAAAAAAAAAUAGGUAGAAAGUGUUUUACCAAAAUGCAUUUCGUCACGGUGUAGCUGCACACAGGUUUCACAUGUAUGCGUGUGCGUGUGAGCUCUGCCCUGCUGUGUGAGACUUAAAGAAUGUGUUUAACAAAUGCGUGUUAGAGUGAGUGCGUUUCAAGGGUUCGAGGCAACACCAAGUCUUUAACUCAGUGUAGGUUAAUAGCAUGGCCACUGGAGUGCUUAUACAACACAAAGCCAAAAAACAAAAAAAAGAAAAAAGGGAUGAAAAAAAAGAUAUCUAUCAUGCACUGCAGAGCGAGGUGGGAGGAUUUAGCUGCCCUUGUACCUGCGUUUUCAUCUGGCGCGGGGCCAGUGGCAGAACAGUGUGUACUAAAAAUGCAUGUUUCAUUGUGGACUUGGGCUGUUUGCUUUGGUAGCGUUACUUCAAUUUAAAACGGUACGGAGACGCCUGUGCAUGACUUAGUUAAUCUGAGCUGUGACUAUCUUCUCAACACUAACAAACAAACAAACAAAAAAAAAAGUCAGUCAGCGGUUGCUCCCCUGACUCGUAGCGUGUGUUCAUCCUGUCCCCCUCUUUGGCGGCGGCGACGACGGGAUCCUCUUUUUUGAUGUUUACCUUAUUGCCUAAAGAACAAGCACAUGUGACAAUAGUUAUAGCAACAAAAAGUUUUUUCCUCGGUAUUGCAUUCGGUUUAUAUUUAGGUAUAGAUUCAUGCAGUGUUUCAGCUGGGAGAGGAGCUUGCGUAUUGAUCUUGUUGUAUUUCGUGUGACAGACCUCCCCUCGUGGUUGCUAUGCUGGUUGCUAUGCUGUAUCGCUAGAACAUGUAGAACGUGGUGCGACGGAGGCAGCCUCCCUCUCACAGUGCACACAGACGCGAGACGACACGACAGCAGGGAAACAGUCAGGCUGUUAAAACAAGUCGACUGCUUCGCUCACUCUCUACCGCCACUUCUUCUGUUUUUUUUUUUUUGUUUGUUUUCUUCCUUCUUUCAUCACUCUUUGUGUCGGCUUGUCACUUCAGUUCCACAGAGCUGUGUGUUACAGGAUGCCUUUAGGACCCUCACUGUCCUAUGCACUGUGAUAGUAAAAGGAUCAGACCGGGCCCCGGGGACUCUUGGAGCCUCGUGGAGCCGAGGAUCAAUUAACAAGGAUUACUUCUCCCUGUCUUGUGCACUGCCAGUGUUGACACUGCCUCCUCCUGUAGUGGAGUCAUCUGUGAUGAAGCUUUCAUAGUUUACACAGGGUGUUGUCAGUUGAGAUGCCUUAAGUAUUUAACAAUCAUAAUUUAUUACUAACUGUAGAUAUUGUGGGUAUGUAUUUAAUUUUAUAUAGUUUUUUUUGGUUGUUUUUGAGGGGCGGGGGGCAACUGAAUCAUAAUUUAUUUAUUUAGAAAUAACACAAAAACGCUAUGAAAAAAAAACUAUUACCUCAUUUUUGCAUUGUUUUAAAUGGGAAUGCUUUGCAUGCAGUUGUACUUUUUGGAACACUAAAAAAAAAAGAAAAAAAACUUUAGCCCUGCUGUUUGUUCUCCACAAGCUGGCUGUGCGAUGUUUACUGUCCAAGGCUGAGCUACUGAGCCCGCUCUCCGUCUCUUUCUCUCUCUCUGUCUCUCUCUCUUUAUCCCUCUGUAUCUUUCUCUCUCUCUCUCUCUCAUGUGGUGCUGUGGAUCUUGGUUACAUUCCAUUCAAUGCAAUUUCUCUGAUCCCCCCAUGCUGUGAUGUAGUGGACAAACUGCAAUUGAAGUGAAUUGGUUUUUAGUUUGUGACUUCUUCUUUCUCUCUCUCUCUCUCUUUUUUUUUUUUCUUUGCACUCACUUGUUUAAAUAUGGGAACCCUCUCACUGGCAAAAAAAAGUUUAGUAGUUUAGCUGAUUUAAACUAACUGGAUUUUGUUUUUUUUUGUUUUGUUUUUUUAACGCUCUGCUUCUCACAAUGCACUAUGGGUCUUAAUGAAGCAUGUUCCUUCGCUUUAACUCUUUUGUAUCUCUUUUAAUUUUCAUCUCUCUGGUGUUUCUCUUCAGUUCCUUUUUCCAAAGUAGUGUGUAGACUUAAGCAUAACAAGUGCCUCGCUUUAAGUGUUAGGAGAUAUUUCCAUAUUACUGAAACCAUGAACAACAAUCAAUCCAUGAAGCCACCAUGCCUUAUUGGUUGCAUAAUUAAAGAAAAACGAACGGAGGGAAUGAAGGACAACAUUCGACAGGAGUCUAACAAAAGCCAUCUUGCUCAAAAGUUCAAACUGUCCAAACUAGCUGCUGGUUUGAAGCAUUACAUGUAGUGGAAAUAGUUCCAACUAUUACGAGGCAUGUUUCACUGUGGGCUUUACAAAUACUACCGUAGUCUCUCUUCAGUUCACUCCUCUGUUCUGUUUUCCUUCUCCUCUUCUUUCCAUUUGUUUUGAAUUGUUUUACCGUCCGUCCCUCCCCUCCCGAUCUUACCCUCUGUUUCCUUUCACAGUCUAAAAGGAAGGCAAGGACUUUAAAGCACAACCUUUUUCUAAAAAUGCAUGUUUUCUCAGGUUUCAAUAUAGUCUCAAUGGUUUAAUAGUAUAUGGUGAAAAUAUAUACAAAGAAUAUAACAGAAAAAAAAAAUAUUAAUUUUGUUGCUGCUUGAAUCUGAAAAACAAAACUGAAGAGAAAAUAUCCCAAAAAGUGCCAGUGAAAGGGCUGCCGCCAUCCUUGUAUGAAAAUCUGCUGUUUAGCUGUGACUGCGCAAUGUUUUUCAAUAUAGGAUAUUUUAUCUGAAAAUAGAACUAUUUAUCAUUAAUAUUAAAGCAAUAGCGCAUUAAUGGUGAUGAGUGUGUUGAUGACGAAAUGGAUGAGCAUAUUAUGGGUAAAUGUUAGAUUCACAUUUGGUGGAAUUUUGUACUUUAUUUAUUAUUACUACUAAUAAUAAUGAUAAUGAUCUCAAAAGUUGCAUUGCUAAACCCAAACUGUUCUGUUUUGUUUUUUUUAAUUUUAAUUUGAUUUCAUGGCUUGUAUAUUAUCCUUUUAUAUGUGCUCUUUUUGUAAUAAACUGGAUAAAAAUGGAAAACCA